AUGUCGAUUCGAUCGAAGCAAACCACCGAAUUCCAUUUCGAAAGGGUAUUGCUCUAUGGAAAAAGAAAGAAGAGUCUUCCACCCAAAAGUUGUCUUGUUUUCAAGGUGACGGACAUGACUUGUUUUAAUUCUGUCUCACAACCGACGAGUUGCUGGAUUGUUCAGGUUUUUCUUGUCCCUAUUUGUGUUGCAGACGUAUCAGAUGCCAUGAGUAGAACUUGUCGAACAGCGAUUCUGGUCACGGGCUCAACUGAUGGUAUAGGAUUAACCACGGCAAAAAAUGUAGCCAGUCGUGGGUAUGAUGUUAUUAUCCAUGGUCGCGAGACCACUCGCCUGGACCAAGCACGUAAAGCAGUGCACGCUUAUGCAGUGCAGCACUCGAGCGAUCCAGGCCGUCUCUUCCCACUGCCGCCAGCAGAUUUCUCCAGUAUUCGGGAAUGUCACGGCUUUGCGCACGAUGUCCGCAAUCUUUGCAAGGAGAAAGAUCUGCAGCUCUGCGUACUCAUGAAUAAUGCUGGCGUGUAUUCGGAAAAGCACAUCAUUACAGAAGACGGACUCGAGCAGACAUUCGCCGUAAACGUUGUGGCGCCGUUUAUUGUCACAUCGCUCUUGUUACCGACGUUGCUCCAGCAAAAGAGUAGAAUAGUUAUUGCUUCGUCAAUUUCUCAGUGUGGCAAGAUUCGAAGCUGGAAAGACCUUCAUUACCAGAAUCGGUCAUAUAGUGCGGAUGCUUCAUACAGUGAAUCAAAGCUUUUAGAUGCUAUGCUUUCUAUGGAAAUGGCAGAUCGGCUUCAAAAAGCUGGAUUCGGAACCAAUCAAAUCACUUGCAAUUGCCUCGACCCGGGGACCGUUAAUACAAAGAUGCUGUUGGCGGGUUGGGGGGCAUGUGGAAUUCAUGUCGAGGACGCACUCGACCAGACGUGGCUAUGUACUUCCGAAGAAGUAGAGAAUGAAACGGGGAAAUAUUUCGUGUACCAGAAGGAUCGCUCUGCUCAGUCGUCUGCUUACGAUCAAAACGAACGCAACAAAAUGUGGGCGCUAUUGUCAGAGCUUGCUCCAGAAGCAGCAGCAAUGUGGACAUUUGACUGGUAUAAAUGACUACGUUGAUUUUAUAAUAAGUAAAAUGGUUUGGAUUGG